AUGGCCAGCGUCUCCGACGUAUCCAAUCACCUUCUCGACCAACAUUGGUCGAGGAUCAAGAACCAAGAACAUGCAGGCCCAGUUCUAGUGGCCGUGGCAGUUGUUCUGUUGACCUACACCCUCUACAAUGUCCUAUUUGCUACCGAUAUUCCUCACAUCAAGGGCCUCCCCGAGAUCCCGGGCGCAAUCCCUCUAUUUGGUCACUUACUAAAACUGGGAGAGGACCAUGCGAGCACUUGUGAGAAGUGGUGGCGCCAGUAUGGCUACUCUUCUUUCCAGAUCAAGUUGGGUAACACCCGCGCCGUGGUGGUCAACUCCUUUGACGACUGCAAGAAGAUGCUCCUUGGCAAUCAGAACGCCGUAAUAGAUCGCCCCAAGCUGUACACAUUUCAUGGCGUCAUCAGCUCUACCCAGGGAUUUACCAUUGGCUCUUCGCCCUGGGACGAGUCCUGCAAGAAGAAGCGUAAGGCAGCGGGCACCGCGCUCGGAAGGCCUGCUCUUCGGAACUACUACCCCAUGUUUGACCUGGAGAGCUACUGCAUCCUGCGAGAUCUAAAGAAGGACAGUCGCAACGGACAGAUUGAGAUUGACGUACGCCCAUAUAUUCAACGCUACGCGCUCAACACAACAUUGACUCUGUGCUACGGCAUUCGAAUGGAUGCGGUUUACGAUGACCUCUUGCGCGAGAUUCUCCACGUAGGAUCUGCCAUUUCGUUGCUGCGAAGUGCAUCCGAGAACUAUCAGGACUAUAUACCCGCCAUGCGGUACUUUCCUAAUAACGAGAAAAACGCCCGGUCCAAGGAGCUGCGAGACCGCCGCGAUGCCUACUUGAACUUACUCCUGGAUAAAGUGCGCGAAAUGAUCAGACGAGGAACUGACAAACCCUGUAUUUCCGCUGCGAUCCUCAAGGACGAGGAAACAAGACUGUCUGGUGUCGAAGUCUCGUCCAUCUGUCUCUCGCUGGUCUCCGGCGGGUUCGAAACCAUUCCGGGCACAUUGACGUCUUGCAUUGGGUCCCUCUCUACACGGCAAGGACAAGCGUGGCAAGACCGGGCCUAUGAGGACAUUAAGCGCCACUACCCUGAUGUAGAACGCGCAUGGACAACAUGCUUUGUUGAAGAGAAGAUUCCGUAUAUUGACGCCAUCGUCAAGGAAGCUGGGCGGUACUACACCGUCAGCGCCAUGAGCCUACCCAGGAAAACCGUCACCGAGGUAAACUGGAACGGUGCCAUUAUUCCGGCCAAAACCAUGAUCUUAGUCAAUGCUCAGGCUGGCAAUCACGAUGUCGAUCACUUCGGCCCUGAUGGUGGCCGCUUCGACCCAGAACGAUGGCUCAAAUCGGUGGACCCUCCCGCGGAGAAGGAAAUUGAUGGUCUGGGCCACUUGAGCUUUGGGACUGGGUCCCGCGCAUGCUCAGGCCAAUUUAUUGCGUCCCGGCUCUUGUACUCCGCGCUGGUGAGGCUAAUUUCCUCCUACAAGAUCGUUGCAAGCGAGGAGAUGCCACCCAAUACGGACUACGUCGACUAUAACCAGUUCAAAACUGCACUAGUCGCCAUUCCGCGCGAGUUUAAAGUCAGGCUAAUUCCCAGGGACACUGGUGCCACUGAAGUCUGCUUGGCUGCUGCCGAGGAGCGCACAAGCCAGCACUACAAGGAGUAA